AUGGCGGAGGAUAUGGCGAGUCAUUAUCAAGUGAUGGAGGAGUUGGGAAGUGGAAGUUUCGGAACCGUUUACAAGGCAAUUGAUAAAACUACAGGUGAAAUUGUCGCAAUCAAACAUAUCGAUCUCGAGUCCAGCGAAGAUGAUAUUCAGGAGAUUCAGCAGGAGAUUUCUGUUCUGGCUACCUGCGCCAGUGCGUUUGUUACACAAUACAAAGCAAGUUUCCUCAAGGGGCAUAAGCUGUGGAUUGUCAUGGAGUAUCUCGGUGGAGGAUCAUGUUUGGACCUGUUAAAACCCGGUGUUUUCAACGAAGCCCACGUGGCAAUCGUUUGCCAACAGCUCCUCCUCGGUCUCGAUUAUCUUCACAGCGAAGGAAAAAUCCACCGCGACGUCAAAGCAGCUAAUGUCCUCUUAUCGCAUACGGGAAAAGUCAAACUUGCAGACUUCGGUGUCGCGGCUCAACUCGUCAAUAUUAAAUCUCAGCGAAAUACUUUCGUCGGUACACCGUUCUGGAUGGCGCCGGAGGUUAUCCAGCAGGCUGGAUAUGAUUUCAAGGCUGAUAUUUGGUCGUUGGGUAUUACUGCUAUUGAAAUGAUUAAUGGCGAGCCUCCGCAUGCGGCUACGCAUCCGAUGAAGGUGUUGUUUCUUAUUCCGAAGAAUUCGGCGCCGAGGUUGGAGGGUCCGGAGUAUAGUAGUACUUUCAAGGACUUUAUUGCUCAGUGUCUUACUAAGGACCCUGAGAGACGGCCUAGUGCAAAGGAGUUACUGCGGCAUAAGUUUAUUCGAAAUGCGGGUAAGACUGAGGCUUUGCAGGAGUUAAUUCAUCGGAAGCAAGAUUUCGAUGCUGGGAGGGGAGUUACGAAGGAUGUCAAGUACUAUGCUGAGUCGCUGAAUACCAUCACCAAGCCCCCCACCGAAGAAGACGAUGAAGACUGGGUGUUCGAUACCGUUAAGGCUCCUAGUAUGUGGGUGCCAAAGGGGACGGAUUGGAGUACACUCGAUGAGGAGUGGGAAGAGCAAGAUCCAAGCCAACUCAUGGAAGAUAUGCACAUCUCACAACCUGAAGUCUCGCAACCAUCGCAACCACCCCCCCCACCAAAACACCAAGCCAACUCCACAGUCCGACGAACAACAAAUGCCGAACGAUCCCCAUCUAUCCGUCGAGCAAACACAAAGCGCCGAUCAAGCGGUGUCAAGCAGCCCUUAGGCCUCGAUCUUAGCUACGGAAACACACCAUCCACAGUCCGCCAAUUCCGCCGCGUCUCAGACAGAGUACCCAGCACUGAGAACUCACAUAUCAAGCCCCCUCCAGGCUUUGAUGAGAACACCAGUCCAAAGGUCUCUUCCACCGAGACUACUAGCAAAGAAGCGCAAAUAGGUCGCCGAGCCUACAGUCGCGCAGUCGGACUUUCCUGUCAAGAAGUCCUUGCUACGACUGGAGAUGGUGAAAAGAGGGAAGCUAUCUCUCGACUAGCUGAGGCAUGGAGUGAUCUUGAAAUGGUUGAUCCGGAAGGUCUAUAUCAUAUUGUUCGCAUUAUGAAUGAGAGACUCCAGGCUGAUGCGAAAUUAUCAACGCUUAUUCCUGCUUCGCCUCCUCAGCCGGACUCGCCUGGUCGUCCGCGUCUUAUGCUAGCGCAGAAUAAUCCUCAUCUUAAAAGUCAUCGACGACGACAAUCGAGUAUUGUUGAGCCUCAACCUCCCUCUCCUCUUUCAAAUCUGCCGGGACAGAAUCCGUCGGGGAUGGAACAUACGAAGCAGUUGUCUGAUGUUCUUUACUCGCGAUGGGCUGAAGGGCUCCGCAAUCGAUGGGGAAUUUAA